AUGCAGACCUCCGAGUCCGUGGGCUCCCUGGGAAGAAAAGAAUUCAAUAGGCGCAUUGGACUGGGCGCUGUCAAUGAAUCAGACGCGGACAAAAUGGAUUCAGAUGACCUAGAGUGGUAUCGCUCCUUCAAGAAACUUAUGGUAUGGUGUCCCUCGGCUCGUAAAUUGCUACGGUCAUCAGCCGAGCAUGAAAUUCUUGCUUUUGCAUACAACAAGCUGAAUGAAGGUUCUGAUGGGGCCAGAGGAGACGACUCUGCUAGUCUCAAGUGCGCUGUCGCCAAUUGGCUGAUGGAACGCACUCCCACACCAAAUCCCACCAUUCACAGACAAGAUAAGUCUGGUCGGGGGUUCUACAACGACGUGACGGGUGGACUCUUGUGCCCAGUUGAUUAUGACUGGAGCAAUCCCACCUCGUUCUGUACGGAACAAGAACAGUGGCGAUCGAGCACGGGAUCUUGGCGCAUCGUUGACGAUGAAUUCAACCAUCAAGAGUUCUAUGACAAUAUAGUGGAUUAUCUCGAGCUCCCUCCGUCGCCAGAAGCCACGAAAGAUGUUGACGACCUUUUACUGUGGUGGAAUCAAAUAUUUGUUUCCGAUUAUCGCCCGCAGCAUGCUAACAAAAUGUCGGUUGCCAUGACUUUGGCCAGGCGGUAG